GAUCUGUCGAGUCUGCACUCCCUCUGUGCCCGAGUAAUCCCCACUGGGCUGAGGGCCCUGUAUAAAAGGGGUGGCCAAGUGACUGCUGAUCACCACUCCAUCUUCGCAGAGCAGACAUGUCAGAGAUGGCGAGUCAGAGCUCCCCAGUAUCCGAGAGGAAGAGCCAACAGCCCAAGAAAGUUGAGGGGUGGAUGGGCUCCUACAGGCUGUUCGUCUACGAGCGGGAGAACUUCCAGGGCCGGUGCCAGGAGUUUACUGGCGGGUGCACGAACCUGUGCGACGCCGGGUUUGACCGGGUGGGAUCUAUCCGUGUCGAGUCCGGGCCCUGGGUGGCCUACGAGCUGUCCAACUUCUGCGGGGAGAUGUUCGUCCUGGAGAAGGGGGAGUACCCUCGCUGGGACUCCUGGUCCAACAGCCACCGGAACUAUUACAUCAUGUCCUUCAGGCCUGUGUCCAUGGAGUCCGAGCAGCACAAGAUCUGCCUGUACGAGAUGGCCGAAUACAAGGGGCGCAAGAUGGAGAUCGUGGACAACGACCUUCCCAGCCUCUUCACCUACGGCUUCACGGAUCGCGUGGGCAGUGCCACUGUGACCUGCGGCACCUGGGUGGGCUACCAGUACCCGGGCUACCGCGGCUACCAGUACCUGCUGGAGAGGAAUGAAUACAGGCACUGGAACCAGUGGGGUGGCCGGCAGCCACAGAUUCAGUCCAUCCGCCGCGUCCGUGAUGGACAGUGGCACAAGGCCGGCUGUUUCAACUAGAGUGUCCUUGGCGAAGACCAGAGCCAGCGGGCCCGACCACACGCACAAUGAGUGGGCGCAAGGUCUUGUGGUGCAGGGCAGUGAA